AUGCUUUUGGUUUCAGGCUCUUCUGUCUCAUCCAUGGAAGUGAUCAUGGCACAGAAAAUCAACGCACUAAAUGGCACCACCGUGAAGAUAUCCUGCACUUUUACGUCCUGCUAUAAACUGGAUACGACCAAGUUUGCAAUGAACUGGACUUACCAGGAGACCAAAAAUGACACGGAGGAAAUGUUUAUGACAUUUAAGAAAGCAAUAACACCCUUGAGGACGGAUCGUUUCGGGGAGAGGGUGAAGUUUGUUGGAAACUUGGACAAAAACGACCUCUCCAUCACCAUCUCCGAUGUGCAGCAGACAGAUGAAGGGAUCUACAACUGUUACGUACGCAACCCUCCAGAUCGCAUUCAGGGUCAUGGGAAAAUUCAGCUGUUUGUAGUCACUGAGUUGCCUCCACCCAGAGACUCGACCAUCGCAGUGGCAAUCGGGGCGACUAUAGGAGGAAUGCUGGCUUUGGUGAUCCUCUCCAUGGUGAUUGUCAAGUGUGUGCGCAGACACAAAAAACAGGAGCUCAUCUCUGAUGAACAAAAGAUGGAGGAGGAGGGCAAAACAGAUGGAGAAGGUGGCACGGAGGAAGGCACUAAGUGA